AUGGCAAAUAAAAAACGAACAAAUAAUCUCAAAACAUCAUUAAAAACACUACGUCAAAUAAAUGGGUUUGAUGGUAUCGAUAAAUUACCAGUCGAUGUGAAUAGAAAAUUACUAGAUCAAUGCUCUGACAUAAUUCAAGAAUUUAUUGACAAUGAUAAAUCCUUCCCAACAAAAACAAUUAAAUCAAAAUCUAAACCGCAAAAACGUCAAGUAUCGAAAAUUAAAAAAUCAAAAAAUAAAGUUACAAAAAAUAAAUCAUCAAAACCCAAGAAAACUCCUCGAAAGAUCAAAGCAAAACGUAACAUAUCAAAGACAAAGAUUCAAUCAUUGAAUUCUACUAAUAUGAUAUCAAACAAUGGUUAUCCUUGUUAUCCAUCAACAUUUCCGUGCUUUCGAUCAUGUGGUCCAAUAAAUUGUCCAAAAAAUAAACUACCUAUGCCUCGAGAUCUUUGGUAUCGUAUUAUUUAUUCUCAAAUAAUUGAACAACAAUUAGUCACUCAUUUACAUUCAUCAUCAAAACGAAAGCAUAAAGAAGAAAAUAAAUCUAAUACAAAUAAUUCAUAUCAACAACAAACUAUGAAUGCAACAUCUUCCUUAAUACCAACUAAAAUUAUCAAACUUGGUGUUAAUAAUAUUGAAUAUAUUUCUGAAACUCUACCAUUAGAUGUUGAGUACAAAAAUAAUCAAUUAGAUGCUAUAGAUUCAAAAAUUGAAUCUAAAAAUAAUCGUAUUAAGAAAUACUUUAUUUUCAUGUACUAUUUUUGUUAUUAUCUAAAAUCUAUAGAUGAAACAAAUUUAUUAACUCAAUCUGCUCAUGCAGAACUUAACAAUCGUUCAAAAAUUCUUCGUGGUGUAUCAGCAGAUGCUACAUUCGAACUAACAUCUCUCCAACCAAAACAAUCGGUUAAUGAUAUACCAAAUGAUAAAUCUUCUACUGUUUCAUCAACUGUAUCCGAACAUCCAUUAUUUAAUCAAUUAGUUAAAUAUUAUAAUCUUCAUGAUAUUUCUCGUGUUGAACUUUUGAAACGAUUAGAUCGUCGAUUAAUACAUAUACGUCAAACAUUAGAAAAAAUGUCUUCAAACGAUAUUGAAAUAAAACUAAAAUAUAAACGUGAUGCAUUAGUUAAAAAACGUCAAACACCGGUUCAAUCAUUAACAAAAGAUGAACGAAUAGCAAUGGCUGAACUGGAGUUAAAUGUUUAUGAAUAUGUUAAAAUUCUCGAUGAACCAUCAUUAAAAUGUUUUCAUUCGAAUAGUAUUAAUGAAUAUGAGAUUGAACAACUAGCAGUAGAUCCAGUUUUACCUGUAGGAAAAAGUGUUAUUACAUUCGAAAGAUCUGCAUCAACAUUUAACACAGCCUUAGAACAAAGUGAAAAUAUUCUUCAACCAACCGAUGAUGAUCUUUUACGAGCAGCAGAGUUAAAAUUAUGUUUAUUUGAACUUGAACAAGAACAAAUUCAACGAAAUUAA